AUGGGAAGUGUUUCAUCAAAUCCAAAUGCAGACGAAACUGGCACAAUCAGUAAUCUUCCAAUGCAUCUUCGGAGGAUGGAAUUGAAAUUUGAUAUUACCAAGGGUGUUAAUCCAAACCUCAAAUAACUAUUGCAUUGUAAGAGGUCAUUAUUGGAGAUCAGAUAGGUUUAUGAACAAUUUUAGAGAAGGUCAACUUCUCCUUUUAUUGAUAAAAAUAUUUUCUGUAAAAUUGUCCCUUUUAGCAGAUCAAAUGCAAGCUUCAUCUUUGAUUAAUUUUGUGUCGGAAACAAAGUUCUUUCCAUUUAUGAAUUCAUAUGUAUUCUUACCAUCACUGCCUACACCUAAUAUAUCCAUAAAGUUCAUUUCUUAUAUGUAGUGUUCGAUCUUGAUUGCAGUGGAAACAUAAGUCUAAACGAAUUACUGAUAAUAUUUAAAUCAAUUAUUUUAGGAUACUGCAAGUUGACAGAAGCUGAAUUGCCAUCAUAUAUCUAAUUAGAGAAGUUUGCCAAAUUGAUGUUUCUCAAGAGUGAUAUAUAAGUUGACAAUUCUUUAGAGCUGAGCGAGAUAAUAGAGUGGUUAGACAAUAAUCCUACUGGUUUACAAUUAUUUUAGAUGUAUGAACCAAAGCAAAAAGUUUAAGAACCCUUUGAAGCCUUUCGUUCUUUUAGAGCUUAUACAGAAUAAGAAGCAGAAAAUAUGCUAGAAAUGAUCACUAAAUCAAAUAAGAAUGAAUAUUAUAUGAAAAGCUUAAACGAUUAGGUUGGCAAAAGGAAUAAGUUCAGUUACAUGGCCAAUACUAAAAGUUAAUAAUAAUAAUAGAUUUCUGUUAUAUAAUAAUAAAGAAAUUAAUCUUUACCAAAAAUUCAAGCCUAAAAAUAAGUUAAUUUGGAAGAAGAAUUAGAAGAGCUAAAUAUCUUGGAAAAAGCAUUAGAUUAACACUAAAAGAAAUAUGAUUUGUCAACAGAGAAACCUUCUUAAAGUUUACAUCAUCCUGCUUAAAAUCCUAUAUCAUUAGGAAAAAGAGUUAAAAGCUAAGGGAGGAUAAUGAAAAACAUUAUUAUCACUAAAGGGUGUACUUUAACAAGAAAUGAAAUAUUUAGAGUAAAAAAUUAUUUUGAUUCCCUAUCUGAUAAUAAAAAGGUUAUUGGAGUUAAGGAUUUUACGAAAGCAUUCUAAAAUAAACCUCAUAUGAAAAGAGUGACAGCCAGCUUAUAUAAUUACUUAGAUUCAAAAUAAAAAGGAUUUGUCACUUUCGAUCAAUUGAUUUUAAAGCUCUAUCCUUCAUUAACGAAAGUCUAAUUGGAUAUUAUUAAUAAUUGGAUUAAGUAAUAUAACGAAGUAUUUUCUAAGAGUUCAAAAGAGAGCAUCGAAUUAGAUGUUCUAAAAAAUAAUGAUACAAAGCAGAUAAAAAGAAAGCGAAUAUUACCAAAAAGUAGUAUGAUUAGAAUUCAAUAGAUUUAUGAUUUGAUAGAUCAAGAAAAUAAAGGAUGUAAAUAGAUAUAAUAAAAACUAGAUAUCUCUUUGGAAGAUCUCAAAAAGACUUUUACUUAUGGUUUUACAGCCAAAGAAGUUGAAGAUUUAUUUAGAUUACAUGAUUUAGACAAGGACGGAAAAUUAGGAAUGGAUGAUUUUAUCAGAAUUAUACUUCCCCCAGACUAUGUAAUUGAAGAUGAAGCAGAGGAAUAAUGA